AUGGCCGCGACCCGCUCGUCGGCGUCGGCGUCGGCGUCGGCGUCACCGCCGCCGCGGUCUCCGCCGGGGUCUGACGCCGGGCGGCCCCCGCGCAAACGGACCCAUGUCCAGCGGGCCUGUAUCAAUUGCCAACAGAGGAAGAAGAAGUGCGAUAUGUCUGACCCCUGUGGAACAUGUCGUGAGCACAAGGACAUCUGCAAACGGUCACAGAGGGAGGACUAUCGCAAGUCGCUGAGCCGCGAGGAGGCAAGGUACCUCCGCCGCAAGGUCGAUGAACUCAAGAGUGAGCUUGAAGCGGUGCGAGCGGCGGCGGCGAUGAGCGCUCCUGGCCCGUCUAAGCCUGCGGCCGACACGCUCCUGUCGCCCAAACGUGCGAGCCUCUCGCCGGUGGUGGUCACUGCGCGGCUGGAUAACAACCCGUCCCCCCGCCGCUGCUCGGCGCAAGCGGGCAACGUGGAUGACUUGAUGGUGCAAGACGCGCACGGCGGAUUCCGCGUCCACUCCCUGGCCAGCGCGUUCCGGCACGAGGCCGUCGCCGAGCCGAUGCAGUCGUCGACAGCUGACCGUACGGCGGGGCGGCCCCGUGCCCCAAGCGCGACUGGGUUUGAACGAUUUCUCCCUGAUGUGUUCCUCACACAGGAGCAGCACGACGCCGCUCUGGACCGGUUCUUCCGAUACUUUGCGAGCUUUUGCCAGCGAGCCACCCCGCACCUCUUCUACCGAGACAUGCGCGUCGCGCUGGCGCUCGAUAAGACUGCCGACCUGGCAGCCGCGGCACCAAACUACUCGCCAAUGCUUCACAACAUGAUCCUUGCGCUCGGCCUGAGCUACGCCGACGAGCCGCACCUCCGAGCCCUCUCAACCCGGCGCCAGUUCCUCGAAGAGAGUAUGCGGUACAUUGACCAAGAGUGUGUUGUGCCGUGUGUGGGUACAGUGCAGGCCCUGGCGUUCCGUGCAGGGUACUCGUCCACAAUGGGCGACUUUAGCCUCGGGUGGAUCAACUUUGGGCAGGCGAUCAGGCUGUGUUACUCGCUCGGACUCAACAUUGACACGUCACCACUGGUGGACCAGGGCAAGAUGUCACACGAAAUGUUGACGCAGCGCAAUGUCACGUUCUGGACGUGCUUUUGCCAAGAGGUGACCUUUGCAAACUACCUCGGGCGCACACCAGCCAUCAUCGACUACAGCGUCCCCCUGCCCGUACCCGACUCUUCCACGGACCAGCAUCCUUGGACAUGGCCGGCAGGCCCGCAUGCCCAUCGUCCGUCACAGCCGUCUUACCUGAGCACCACGAUGGUGGCAACGUCGUCAUUGAUGCAGAUUGCGGCCCAGAUCACCAAAGCGCUUUAUACCGAACGAGAGGAUGUUGCCGCGCUGGUGAACAACGGGACGAUCAAGGAGUUUCACGACGAGCUCAACGCAUGGCUCGAGGGCCUCCCCGAGCCACUGAUCAUCACCGAGCAGACGCCGGCACUCCCCCACAUCCUCAUGCUUCACAUGGCGUGGGGGUGGGUCGUCCUGCUGCUCUACCAACCAUUCUCACUCUCUGCGCGUCUGUUGCAUACCUUGCCGAUUAGCGUAACGUUCUGUCAAACGGCUGCGCUCAAGAUUCUCGCGCACUCUACGACGUACCGAGAUACCCACGGGCUGCGAUACAUGUCCCCAGCCGCCCCGCAGAUCCUCUUCACCGCAGGUCGUACGUUCCUCUUCUCGGCUGGGCAAGCAGUUGCCUCCUCCCAAGCUGUAGCGUUCUUCCAGAAGGCACAGACGUGCAUCGAACACCUCGAGGAGCUGGGCACGACAUGGCCGUCGGGGCGCCAAAAGGCCGGGAUUCUCCGCGGGAUGAUGAGAGAGGAUACAAAGGACGCGCCGCCGCUCGCGGGUGCUCCACUUGGCGCGGUCGAGCCAGCUCAACCCCUUGCACUGCCGUCGUUCAACUUUGACCUGGAUCAGACCCUUGUUCCCUUCCUUACCGACGGCGACCUCCAAGUGAUCGACAGCGUCACAUAUGACCAGUGGGCCCAGGGCCUAGCUGUUGCAAGUGCUGAGCCGCUGGGUCCCCCAAGUCAGCCAGACAUCAUGUUGUACUUGCACGCCGGAGUGCCAGAUUUGUACCCUUAG